AUGUGUGCAGGCAAGAAAGAGGCGUCGUCGGAGCCUCCCAAGUGGUAUGAGAACUGCCUGUGGCAGCCCAAGCUCAUGUACGCCAUCUCCAACGUGCAGCAGUCGUCGGUCGCCAUCUUCCUGGCCGUGUACUACCAGCAGACGGCUGGCUUCUCCAAGGUGCAGAUCGGCCUGCUGCAGACGCUGCCCUGCGUCUGCGCCAUGGUGUCGCCGCCCAUUUGGGGAGCUGUGGCCGACUACAUCCGCAACCAGCGCCUCGUGCACAACUUCUGCAUCAUCACGGGCGGGCUGCUCAUGUUCUCCAUCCAGUACUUCUACUGGUCGUACCAUUGGACGCUCGCGGUUCUGGUGCUGGCCAGCUUCCAGUCGAUGCCCGCCGGGUCGCUCAUGGAUCACGCUGUCCUGGAUAUGAUUGAGAAGGUCGGAGGAGAAUACGGCAAGCAGCGACUGUUUGGCGCUGUCGGGUGGGGCAUGGGCGCCUACAUCACUGGCUUGGCGGUUGCUGCUGCGGGCAUCUCGUGGGCCUUCAACAUUAGCCUCAUCUUCAUGUUUGCUUCGCUGCUGGUGCUGCGCACGAUUCCGCCGGUCAAGCACGGACACCACGGCGAUAACCACUCUUCGAUGGAGGAAGGCGGAAGGAGCACCCGCCAGCCGUCGUUUGCGGACAACAUGCGCCGCAUCUACCAGAAGAAGGACGUGGUCAUGCUGCUGCUCGUUGUGUGCUUCAUGGGCCUCAUGUACGGCGUGCUGUCGAGCUUCCUGGCGCUGAACCUGUUCAAUUUGUCUGGCGGCAACGCUCAGAUCGUGGGUAUCGCCAUCAUGUGCGAGACCAUUUCGGAGCUCCCGGCCUUCUUCUUCUCGCACGCUAUCAUCAAGAAGUUGGGCACGGUCAAGGUGCUGCUGGUCUCCAUUGCUGCCUACGCGCUUCGUAUCACGUACUAUGCUGUCAUGACCAAUGCCUGGAGCGCCAUUCCGUUCGAAUUCCUGCACGGAUGCACGUUUGGCUUGGCGUGGGCUGCCUGCACGCAGUACAUUUACGCUGCUGCCCCCAAGGGCUGCGAAGGAACAGUCAUGGGGCUUCUGAACGCGACGCAGAACGGUUUGGCUCGCGCGGUGGGCACGAUGGUCGGCGGAUACUUCUACCAGAACUAUGGUGCACGCGUCAUGUGGGCCGUCACGGACCUGGGUGUCCCUCUCGCGCUUAUUUUCCUGUCUGCGUUCGCCUACCUCAAGACGGACUACGAGGAGGUCCUCUCGGGCGACGAUGUCGAGGCCGAAGAGUCCGAGAUGUUCUCCCCGCACCACCACUCGAAGGCGAUCAGCUCUGGCGCGCCGUCCUAUGACGAGAUUUGA